ACACAACGUGAGGUCAAAAUGGCGACUCGCUGCAUGUGAAGGAGGUCGGAGAAAGAGCCGGCUUUCGCGCUAAGAACAUGUAUAAAACGCAAUGCAGCCGACUCACAGGUUUGUUUGGUGUAAGCAUAAAAGAAAAAGGAUUGAAGGCUGUGGUAGGCUGUGGUCCACGAUGCCUCCUCCAGCACCACAGAAGAGAUCCAUCAGCCUGGCUGACCUAUCAGCAUCUCACCUUCCUGAAACGCCAGUACGUGGCCAAAAGCAUCGGCGAGCUUCACCAACGUGCCGCCCCCAAGCAGGCUCCCGUGGACGAGAGCGACACCGCUGCGGAAAGGCGGGUCCGGAGAGUUCCCGCUAUUGAGUCCGUGGUCUCAGAGGGAGCAUCCACCUCGUCGGCUGCGGAAGACAGAGACGCUCGGGAAACGUCUGGCGUGAAGACUGUGACGACGACGACGACGACGACCUCGCAUGAGAGGCCCCACGUGCAUGUGGAGACGGACGAAGCACGAGACGCCCGUCUGGACCGGCAGUGGAAGCGGCUGAAGGUUGAUGUGGCCGACCUGCCGGACGUCUACGCCCGACUCGCCAAAAUAAAACUCACAGCGCUCGUGGUUAUGACUGCCGCUGCUGGUUAUGCAAUGGCCCCGGUGCCCUUUGACCCCGUCAUCUUUUUGGUGUCGUCCUUGGGAACGGGUCUCGCCUCCAGUGCAGCCAAUACCAUAAACCAGUACUUUGAGGUGCCUUUUGACUCGAACAUGAACCGAACCAAGAACCGCCCGCUCGUCAGAGGGCAGAUCAGCCCACUCCACGCCGUGACCUUCGCCCUGGCGUGCGGCGUACCCGGAGUGGCCCUGCUGACCUGGGCGGUGAACCCGCUGACGGGCUUCCUGGGCGCCCUCAACAUCGCCCUGUACACGUGCUGCUACACGCCGCUCAAGAGGCUCACCAUCGCCAACACGUGGGUGGGCGCUGUGGUGGGCGCCAUACCGCCCGUCAUGGGCUGGACGGCUGCCACGGGCUGCCUGGAUGCAGGUGCGCUGGUGCUGGGGGGCUUCCUGUACAGCUGGCAGUUCCCCCACUUCAACGCGCUCAGCUGGAACCUAAGAGAGGACUACUCGCGCGGCGGCUAUCGCAUGAUGUCAGUCACACACCCGGCCAUGUGCCGGCGCGUGGCCCUGCGUCACAGCGUGGCGCUGGUGGGCCUCUCCGCCCUGGCACCGGCUCUGGGCGUCACCACGUGGACCUUCCCCGCCGUGGCGCUGCCCAUCAACGCCUACAUCAGCCUCCUGGCAUUCCGCUUCUACCGGCGGGGCGACCGCGCCAGCGCCCGCAAGCUGUUCUUCUGCAGCCUGUGGCACCUGCCCAUGCUGCUGCUGCUGGCGCUCACCUGCAAGACGCCUCGCCGGGAACGCCACGAUGACCACGCCCCGCACAGCUAACACAGCGCUCCCGAUGACGGGACGGACACAUCCUUUUAAAUGCAGGUGCUCGUUGGCUCAUUGGCAUAAAACACUGAUUUUAAUCAUGUCCUUGUGUGUGUACUGUACAUAAAUAUCAUGUCUUAUUUAUAGAAGCACCAACACUUCCUGUCUACACUCUUCCUGUCUGCCUUGGCUGUGUCUCAGUUGUAAUACUUACGCCAGUACACGUCAAUAAGUACUUACUUCUCUACUGCCUGAAUGUUCAAGUCUAGUUAUUUCCCAAAUCCAUUACAGCAGAUCGCAAUUAUCAACGAUCUGUAUUUAUAAUCCCAUCCCGAUACCUAAAUUUGGAUAACUGAUGAUACCAUUCCGAUUCCAGAGCUCUGUAUGCUUCAGCAUGCAACCGCGCCAAAACAAUAUCAGCAAAUGUAGCGAAAAGAUUAUCAGCGGACGUCCACCCAUGCAGCGGCACACACGCGCACACAGGCUCUCAGCCUGAUGGAGACUAUGGAGCUACGUUCGCUGAUACUCUUUUGGCUAUGUUUGCUGAUUUUCUUGUAGCUACGUCCUCUUGUUAGUCUUUUGGCUACAUUCACUGAUAUUCUUCUAGCUCUGUUUUUUAGUCUUUUGGCUAUGUUUGCUUAUAUUUUUUUAGCUAUGUUUGCUGAUAUUCUUGCUAAAUUUCCAGAAACUUGUGGCUACGUUUGCUGCCACACUUCUAGCUACAGUACAUUGGCUGGUACUCUUAGCUACGUUUGCUGAUAGUCCUUUGGCUACAUUCGCUGAAACUCUUUUGGCUACGUUUGCUGACACAUUUCUCGAGCUAUGUCCGCUGAUACUGUUUUGGCUACAUUUGCUACUACAUUGGAUAUUCUUCUAGCUAUGGUCUCUGAUAAUAUUUUGGUUACGUUUGCUGAUAAUCUUAUGUUGUUGUAAUGUUCUUUUAGCUACAUUCGCAGAUACCCAUUCGGCUUUUGACAACAUUAAAGCACAGAUGUGACACAUGGAUCGGAAAUCUCGACAGGUGGUAUCGGCAAUUUCCGAUACGGGAAUUACUAAGCGGACACAGAUACUGAUACUGGAUUGGAUCGGCCCCAUCCCUUAACGCAAUAGUUACCCCUCUCCUCUCCUUCUUUGCUUUUUAAUGGUAAAUUACAAGCACUCCAGUUAAAACUGAUUUACACACCGGGGUCAGGCACCAGCGUAAGCUAAGACGGCUUGCUCCUCCCCCCUCCAAAGUCUCCUGCGUAGCUUGACGUGCACCAUUUUGCAUUGCAGCAUCACCGAUCAACAUUUGCACUAAACAGUGACUGACUGACACAUCCAAUAACUCUUUAAUUACCAUUGUUCAUUCAUGACAGGAAGCUAACAAGCUAAAUAGUCGACGGGCGUCACGGUUGCUCACUGAGUCGACUCCCCGGAGUGCAACACGCGGGUACCGGUGGUGUGCUGCGUUUUGCUGUACUUCUUAUGCACUGAGAGACUAAGUGUACUAAGCACGCAAGUUGGCGAUUUGAGACACGGCCUUUGUGACGAGGAAAUGAGCAGAAACCAGAACAAAUAUGUAGAGGCACCACUUCCAUGUCAGGGAUUUCUUUGUUUUCUGCAACAACGGUUGGACCUCCUGUAAGAAGGACACAACUUAAUAAACACACA